AUGUUCAGUUUAAACUACUGGAGCAACCAACCAAAGUGGUACCCAAGUGCAGACUCUGCCGUCGCUAAGAAGGCCAGAAAGACCGCUAACCCACACAAGUUGCGUGCCUCUAUCGUUCCAGGUACCGUCUUGAUCUUGUUGGCUGGUCGUUUCAGAGGUAAGAGAGUUGUCUUCUUGAAGCAGUUGGAGGACAACACCUUGUUGGUCACCGGUCCUUUCAAGGUCAACGGUGUUCCAUUGAGAAGAGUCAACUCCCGUUACGUCAUUGCCACCUCCACCAAGGUGUCUGUUUCUGGUGUUGAUGUUGCCAAGUACAACGUUGAGUACUUUGCCAGAGAGAAGGCUCCAAAGUCCAAGAAGUCCGAGGCUGACUUCUUCAACGAGGAGCAGCCAAAGAAGGAGAUCAAGGCUGAGAGAGUUGCCGACCAGAAGUCUGUCGACGCUGCCUUGUUGUCUGAGAUCAAGAAGACCCCAUUGUUGAAGCAAUACUUGUCUGCCUCUUUCUCCUUGAAGAGCGGUGACAAGCCACACUUGUUGAAGUUCUAA